CAGGGACCAUAACUCUGUUAUUUUAGUAUAAUUCAAAAAUCUUUUAAAUGAAACUUGUGUCUUGUUACAAAGGGACUUAGACAGAUGGUGUAAAUAAUUAACUUUUUCUUCAAAAGAAGUAUUGUGCACUUAAUGAGAAAUAACUAGCAUUUCUCAUUUUUAUUAUCUAUGAAACACUAGAGAAGAUGUGGUCUCAAUACUUGGUAUUUAUCAUCAUAUUUAUCAUUUCAGGAGAACUCAAUGCAGAAGAGAAACCCUGUGAUCUUCCUACUGUGGAAAAUGGAAAUAUCGCCCUAUAUUACUAUAAUUUUAGAAAUUAUUAUUUUCCAAUGAAAGUAGGAAAUAAAGUACCUUUUGCCUGCUUGGCGGGUUUCACAACUGAAACUGGGAAACAAGAGAGUCAGACCAUAUGUACCACAGAGGGUUGGUCUCCAAAACCAAGAUGCUUCAAAAAAUGUACUAAACCUAAUUUGAAUAAUGGUUAUAUCACUGAUGCAAAAUUAUUGUACAAACUUAAUGAGAAUAUGCGCUACAGCUGUGAUUCAGGAUACAAAACUGCUGGAGGGAAAGAUGAAGAAGUGGUUCAAUGUUUUGCUGAUGGAUGGUCUUCACAACCAACCUGUAGGAAGGAGCAAGAAACAUGUACGGCCCCUGAAUUAUCUCAUGGAAAUUAUUCCACAACACGAACAAUGUUCCAAGUGAAUGAAAAGAUUCAGUAUGAAUGUUCUGCAGGCUAUUAUACCACUGGAGGAAACAGGAUGGAGGAGGUGGAGUGUCAGACCUAUGGGUGGUCUCUCACACCAACGUGUACCAAAUUAAAAUGCUCUUCUCUCAGGUUAAUUGAAAAUGGCUAUUUUCAUCCUAUAAAACAAUCUUAUGAUGAAGGCGAUGUAGUUCAAUUUUUCUGUCAUGAAAAUUACUUUUUAAGUGGAUCUGAUUUAAUUCAGUGCUACAACUUUGGUUGGUAUCCCAAGUCCCCAGUAUGUGAAGGAAGAAGAAAUCGAUGUCCUCCUCCACCUCUACCUCUAAACUCCACAAUUCAAAGUUAUUCAACAACUUAUCGUCACGGGGAAGUACUUCGUAUAGAAUGUGAAUUUAAUUUUGAGAUACAGGGAUCCGAAGAAAUACGUUGUGAGAAUGGAAAGUGGUCAGAGCCUCCAAAAUGCAUUGAAGGAAAAAGAAUUGUUUGUGAGAGACCACCCUUCAUUGAGAACGGUGCCCCCACUCUGUCCUCUGAGAAUUAUUACAGUGGAGAUAGAGUCACAUACCGAUGUGAAAGAGGCUACAAUCUCCGAGGAUCAAAAGAAAUAACGUGUAUACGUGGGAAAUGGACCCUUGCUCCCGAGUGUGUAGCAAAUAUUGAAAAUUGCAACCCUCCUCCUAAUGUAAUAAAUGGGGCUGUUAUUGAUGGGCUAUUGCCAUCCUACACCUCAGGAUCCUCAGUGGAAUACAGAUGCAAUGAGUAUUACUUACUGAGUGGAGCGAAAAUAUCCUAUUGUGAACAAGGAAGAUGGUCACCUACUCCUGUUUGCUUAGAGCCAUGUACUACUGAUGUGGAAAUUAUGAACAGAAACAACAUAGAAAUUAAGUGGAAAUAUAAUGGAAAGAUUUUACAUGGUGAUUUAAUUGAUUUCAUAUGUAAGCAAGGAUAUGUAUUAUUGCCAUCAGCCUCAAGGUCUGAUUUAUCUGUGCAGUGCAAUCGAGGAGAAGUGAAAUAUCCUGUAUGUGUUGCAAAAGAAUCUAAAGGACAGUGUGGCUCUCCUCAACUUAUUAAAAAUGGGGUUGCCAUUUUUUCAACCUUAGGACCCUAUGAAAAUGGCUCCUCAGUAGAAUAUAGAUGCUAUGAACACCAUUUUCUGCAUGGAUCUAGAAAAUCCUAUUGUAUUUCAGGUACAUGGACUACACCACCAUCUUGUUUAGAGCCUUGCAAAUUAUCUUUUUAUGACAUGGAAGCAAAUAAUGUAAUGCUGAAAUAUGAGUUUGACAAUAGACCAUUUAUUUUACAUGGUGAAUAUAUCGAGUUUCUUUGCACCAGAGAUUCAUAUUUAGCUCAGAGAUCUACUCUUGGAUCUGAAAUGAGAGUGCAAUGUAACAGGGGGCAGUUAAGAUAUCCACGAUGUAUUCAAAGACAAAGGGCUCUGUCUUAUCAGGAACCCAUAAGGACAUAAAAAGGAACAGCAGAAAGAAAAAGUAUUUCAAUGCAUCAUGAGUUUCUUUACAGACCAUAAUUUUAAAAGAAAAAUCUUGAAUGAAAAGCCUCUAAGAUUUCACAUUUAUUAAUCUAGAUCAUUUAUUUUAACAUUGUAUUUAUUUUAUAAAUAAAAGCCAUGAUAUGUUGUUUUA